AGGCUGUAUCGCGUGGUGUUAUCAGAUAAGAUAGACGGUAUCAGCCGAGGAACAGGGAUGAUAAGCGCCUUCCCCGCUCUGAGUUGUUGUUUCUUUCCCCUCCUUCCUACUUCUGCCUCCAACGCAACUUCUUGAUUCUUUUCAACCAGAGCCACUCAAGCAAAACACUUUGGGAAAGCCUACGAAAGAUACGCAGUGCGAGAGCUACCAUGGACUCCGACAUCCAGCAACUUCUCGGUCUCGAGGCUGUCCGCGAUCGCGCCCGUGUUGUCUUGAGCCUAGCCGAGCAAGGAAAGCUCCACCACUACGACUAUCACCCCGACCGCUUGGACGCGACCGUGGACUAUGUUAUCAACAUCAUAACGCGCGACUUCGGCCCCGCCCGAUACGAUCAGAUCCCUCCCCACGGUCGCUGGCAGCACUUCGAAGUCGGCGGGGUGCCUCGACUACAGCAGCUUCUCGAGCGAUGGACUCAAGCUGGAUAUGACGAGAAGGAGAAGGUGCGCAGUCUGUUGGAUCUGUUCUUCGUCUCCGUGCUCCUCGACGCCGGAGCGGGCGAUACCUGGCGGUAUGUCGAACCAGAGACGGGAAAUGUGUAUAACCGCAGUGAAGGGAUCGCGGUCGCUUCGCUGUAUAUGUUCCUCAACGGGGACUUUGCCAAGCAGGGGUCGGAAAGGAAUGAUGUCGUGCAUGGGGAGGCGCUGAAAGGCCUGACGGUGGAUGUAUUGACCCAGGGGUUCCAGGUUGAUGAUCAAAGCAAUCCGCUCGUUGGAGCCGGUGCACGCGUGGAGAUCCUACAAAGACUGGGGCAGUCAAUAACCAGUCUCCCUGAGAUAUUCGGACCGUCCGGUCGCCCUGGCCAGCUUCUCGACCAUCUUCUCUCCUCGGGCGCGGAGAACCUCGAUUACGCCCGACUCUGGGCGGUGCUGCAGCAGACCUUGAUUCCAAUUUGGCCAUCCGACCGAACUCGCGUUCGCGGACACCCGAUCGGCGACGCAUGGCCUCUGCCUGUAUUGUCGGAAUCCUCCCAGAUCACCGCGACAGACCCCGAAACGGCCACCAUCCAGCCUUUCCACAAGCUGACACAGUGGCUGGCUUACUCACUCAAGGUUCCCUUCGAGCGCAUACUGAAAAUCACCUGGAAGAAUGCGGAGCUGGGAACCGGUCUGCCCGAAUAUCGCAAUGGAGGGUUGUUCGUGGACAUGGGGGUUUUGACGCUCAAGCCAGAGGCGAUGGAGCGUGGGCUGCGCACCUCCGGGGCCGCGCUGCCGUGUUUCGCGGUGGGAGAUGGGGAGAUUGUCGAAUGGCGAGCGAUGACGGUUGCUUUGCUAGACGAACUGCACAAGCGGAUUCUGGGGAGUGGGAAAUUGGGAGAUGUUCGAUUGACGCUGCCCCAGAUGUUGGAGGCUGGCUCGUGGAAAGCGGGUCGGGAGCUCGCGGCGGAAAAGCGGCCGGAGACUAAGUCCAGUCCCAUCCUGAACUCUGGGGACGGCACUUUGUUCUAGGUUAUUUUCUGAGAGAUGUAGCUGGGUCAAGAUUCGAUCGGAUGAAAUGCUAGCAGUGACUUGAGCAAUAUUUUGCAGAGUGUCGGAGCCAUGUUUGACGCUCGACCAUACUUAUCCUGGCUAACCGAC